AUGCCGGUCGACAUCGACCACGACGAGCUGACCGCAUUGACUGAAGACGUCUUCCAAGCCCUUGACAACGUUGCGGAUAUCGACAGCCCAGGCGUCGCCAGGCUUGCCCUCACCUCAAUCUCCAUGCUCCGCUACGUCGAAAAUAUCAUCGUCGACAUCGCCAGCAAAGACCUCGACACAAUGGAAGAACUGAGAAACAAACAACGUGCCGAGUUGGCAGCCGCUCAAGCCAACGAGGCUCGCGUCACGGAAGCAUUGGAUGUCGCACUCCGCAGUCUGGUCGAUAUUGCAAAGUCCGUCUGCAACCUCAAGAAGGUCGUUGGAGGUUUUGCUAGAAAGUUGGAAGCGAGAGAGGCUAUUGCCGAGGAGCUCGAUGCAAAGAUUCGCAUUGCCAGAGAGACCGAAGCGAGUAUGCGCGAUCGACUGCAAGAACCUGUUGAUAUUCCCAGUGUCGAAUCUAGCCCCAGCUGA